UUCCGUCGCGCGCAGCAGUGCGGUGAAGAUGGCGGCGGGUCGCUCGGUGCCCAGUGAUCUCUACCAGCACGUUUAUACGUUUCUUUUAGAGAACAAGUUUAACAAAGCCGCUAAGGAGUUUAUAAAGCAAGCUAAAGUUAAACCUCAGGACCAAAAUGAAGAAGGACUCCUUGACAUCUUCAGUUUUUGGGUUAAGUCUCGAGAGGCUACGAAACGGAAAGCGGUCCCCAAAGGUGCUGAUCUUAAUGGACCAUGUGCAAAGAAAGCAAAGCAGGAUGUGGAGAGUUCCAGUGAAGAAGACUCCAGCAGUGAUGAGGAGGAUGUAGCGCCUGUCCAGAAAACACCUCAAGUGCCGGCGAAGAAGGCGGCAGCUGCAACACCGGCGAAGAAGGCAGUGCCAGCGAAGAAGGCAGCGACUGCAACGCCAGCAAAGAAAGCAGUAGCUGCAGCGCAGGCGAAGAAGGCAGCGGCUGAGUCCAGCAGUAGUGAAGACUCCAGUGACUCUGAGGAUGAAGCCACUGCUAAAGCCCCAGUAAAGACGGUUGUGGCUGCGAAGCCUGCAGUUUCGUCCCCUGCAGCAGCAGCAGCCAGGAAGAAGGACACCAGCUCCAGCAGUGAGGAGUCUGACUCAGAAGAAGAAUCAGCCAAACCUGCAGCCAGAGGAGCCAAGCCUACGACUGUCACCCCUAAAGCCCCAGUUCAGAAGAAGCAGGAGAGCAGCAGUAGUGAAGAAACCUCAAGUGACUCUGAAGACGAGGCUCCAGCAAAGGCAGCAGUAAAAGCCCCUGCCCCGGUGAAGGCAGCAGUAAAAGCCCCUGCCCCGGUGAAGGCAGCAGUAAAAGCCCCUGCCCCGGUGAAGGCUUCAGCACCAGAUGAUAGCAGCAGCAGCGAUGAUUCCUCAGAUGAGCAGGACAAGGCUCCACCCAGUAAGAAGCCCAAAACAGGUCCAUACAGUGCGGUACCACCACCUGCAGCUCGGCGUGCCCCUGCUCCAGCACCUAAACAGGACUCGUCAGACAGCAGUGAGGAUAGCAGUGAGGAGGAAGAGGAAGUAAAGAAAGCCCCUGCUCCUCCAAAGGUUGUGACUCCCAAACCUGCAGCCAAGAAGGUUGUGACUCCCAAACCUGCAGCCAAGAAGGAUGAGUCCAGUUCGGACAGCUCUGAUUCAAGCUCAGAGGAUGAAGCAGAGAAGCCAGCUGCCAAAGCUGCUCCACAGAAAGCAGCUCCCGCUAAGGCCUCAGCAGUUCCCACGAAGACUGUGGCAGCUCCUGCUGAGGAGGAAGAUGACUCCUCAUCAAGCUCAGAGGAGGAGGCGGCGGCGGCAAAGAAGCCGGCCACCAAGGCAACACCAGCGAAAGCUGUCCCAGCUGCCAAGGCUACCCCUGCCAACCAGGAGUUGUCAUCUAGCUCUGACGAUUCAGAUGAUGAAGCAGAGAAACCAUCAACAAAAACUGCUACUCCUAAAGCUGCAACUCCUAAAGCUGCAGAAGAGUCAUCCUCUUCUAGUUCAGAGGAGUCUGAAGACGAGGAUGACAAAGCCAAACCAGCUGCUAAAGCCGUCCCAGUUAAGACUCCUUCAGCCAAGGCCGCACCUGCAAAAAAAGCUGAGUCCUCAAGCUCGGAUUCUGAGAGCUCAGAAGAUGAGGCUCCUGCCAAACCUUCAGCCCAAACAGCAACGCCGAAAACCACGCCCAAACCAGCGGCCAGACCGAAAACUGCAGUUACACCCAAGACUCCAUCCAAGCCUGCAGAGAGCAGCUCGGACUCCGACAGCUCUUCUGAUGAAGAGGCGCCACCUAAGAAAGCUACUGCGCCUCCUGCCGCUAAACCAGCACCACCCAAAUCUCAACCAGCCGAGAGCAGCUCAGACUCGGACAGUGACAGCUCCGACUCAGAAGAUGAGACCCCAGCAACUAAAACGGCUAAACCUGCGUCCUCCACAGCGCGCGCCACUCCUACUGCAAAAGCCACAACACCUGCUGCCAUCUCUAAGCCUGCCGUGACUCCAACAAGCACUAAAAAGGCUGAGAGCAGCAGCUCUGACUCUUCAGACAGCUCGGAUUCAGAGGCCGAAGCUCCCAAAACAACACCGGCCAAACCUGCUGUGACCAACGGGAAGACGGCAACUCCCAAAACCCCUGCAUCAAAGACGCCCGUCUCGAAGGCCGCAGAGUCGUCGUCCUCGAGUGAAGACAGCUCUGAUGAAGAAGAGGAGACCACAAAGGCACCAGCAAAAACAACACCUGCUGCAAAAAGCAAACCAACUGCUACAGCAAAGCCCGAGAUCAGCUCGUCAGAGAGCUCUUCAUCUGAGGAAGAGGAGGAGGUGAAAACGUCCAAGACACCGACUGCUACUCCAGCAAAUGGUACUGGCCGCAAAAGGAAGAGGACGGAGGAGGACAAAGACGUGUCAAAGAAAACCCCCAAGAACAAAAAGCCUGUUAACGUCACGCCUCAUUCCUUCCCCAAGGCCAAACAGAAGAAUGGCAAUGCUCCUUUCCGUAGAAUAAGAGACGAGGAGAUUGAGGUUGACCCACGCCUGUUUGAUAACUCUUUCACAGCCAAGUUGGGAGCGAAGGGAGAUUGGGGCGAGAAGGCCAACAACGUAUUGAUGCACACCAAAGGCAAGUCCUUCAGACACGAAAAGACAAAAAAGAAGCGUGGCAGCUACAGGGGAGGCACCAUCUCUACCACCAUCAACUCCAUCAAAUUUGACAGUGACUGAGAGCUGAACUUCCAAGCACCACGUUACCUUCAACUACCUGGACUAAUUUCUCCAACACUGUGGUGUCGUAUUAUAAGACUUGGCCACCCAGACCACUGCAGUGUAUUAGUGCUGUGCUCAGGUCAUCAUUAACAAUGUGCCGGUCCAGCUUUGAGCAGAGACGCAACCAUGUUCGAUGCAGUUUCUUUUCUUAGCCACUAGGUGGUGAGCUCGUUUCUCAUGUCUUUACAUUGUACUUCCAUUGGUGAAAUUUUCUUUGUCUGGCUCACGAGUUUGUUUAGAAUUAGUUUUUUAUGGAGCGAAUAAAGCGGUUAUUUAAUUUCUUACUCUGGACAUUAAAUGGAUGGAUGGUUUCUUUUAUCUCUGUUAGAAGUUGAAUGGUGUGAGGCUUGCUCAUGGACGCUAAAUCAGUUCAAUAUUAAUCAUCACAUUAGAUAUCCUGUGUGCAGCAGCUUAUCCAUGAGAAGCCAUUGCUCAUUGUGUGGUGAUUUUGAGUCUUAUUUAACUGUUGUACUGCUUUUGUCCCCCUCCCAUGUAUUCAAUGGGGGCGUUUUGUAAUUAAAACCUGACUCAAUCUUAA